GCAAUUCAAGGAUGAAUGGGGGAGGAUUUCCAGCACAUCCUGCGUCUGCUGAACACCAACGUGGAUGGGAAGCAGAAGAUCAUGUUCGCGCUCACCUCCAUCAAGGGUAUCGGCCGCCGCUUCUCCAACAUUGCCUGCAAGAAGGCCGACAUCGACAUGAACAAGCGGGCUGGUGAACUCACUCCUGAGGAGCUUGAGCGCCUCAUGACUGUGGUGGCAAACCCUCGCCAGUUCAAGGUCCCUGACUGGUUUCUGAACAGGAAGAAGGACUACAAGGAUGGGAGGUUCUCCCAGGUUGUUUCUAACGCCCUGGACAUGAAGCUCAGGGAUGACCUUGAGAGGCUGAAGAAGAUCAGGAACCACCGUGGUCUCCGUCACUACUGGGGUCUCCGUGUCCGUGGUCAGCACACCAAGACUACUGGCAGGAGGGGAAAGACUGUCGGUGUCUCCAAGAAGAGAUAAAUUCCAUGUACAUCAGCACAGCAAAUAUGCAUUUUGCUUAUCUUAUGAGCGUUUCAAUGAUGUCGGUCUUGAUAGGCAGUUUUGUUGGAUGAUGCUUUUGUCUAAGAAGAUAGAUCGUGCGUUGCAGGA